CAUUAUUUUUGCGCGACGACUGGCGAACAGACUUAGAAUUCAUAUCGGAUUCAGCCCACGAUUGUUCGCACUGACUGCCUCUCAUCCAGAACAGCUCAAGGAGCUUCGACGGAUCUUAAUGCUUGGACGCCCUUCGAAUAAAUCGCAAUCAUGAGGCUGAGGGUCGCAGAGGCCGUCCCAGGAUGGCGGAGCCUCCUCCUGGCGACAUUGCUCUAUGGCACAUCCUGUGCAGCAAAAGAUGGACCGGUAGUCACCUCGAACAAGUUUGCGAACUCACCGUACGAUUUACGCUAUUUUGACGAUUCCGAUGUUCUCCUCAUGCAGGACUUCAACGAAGACGCGAUCUUCCGAUCUUCCAACGCCGGCGAGUCUUGGGACAAGGUAGCUGCCAUUCCCGAGGGAGUGUCUGCCGCUCUGGUUAUGCAUCCGUUCGACAAUAAAAGGGCGUAUGUCCUGACGGAGGAUGUCACGCAUUUCCGGACAGAGGACCGGGGGAAGACCUGGACAAAGUUUGAUACGAGAAGCAUCCCGGAUGUACGCGACGAGAAUCCACUGAGCUUCCAUGCUGGGAACAAGGACAAGAUUAUUGUGAAUGCGCUGGACUGUAUGCUGGGGCUCUACUGUGAGCGGACAUCAACUUAUACUCUGGACGGCUUUCAGACGAAAGCCAAACAGCUUCGAGACAACACUGCGGGAUGCCAGUGGGCCAAAGGAACCGAAUUAUUUGCGGAACGAGGAUCGAAAGUCGAUGAUAACAGGAUCCUGUGCAUUACGGAAGGGAAAUACUCGCGAUACUCAAAGGAUUAUAAGCUCAAGAUCUCGGAUUCGUUUUUCUCAGAUGAGUUCGAACCGGCCCUCGAGGAGGGUCGGGCGGUUACCGGAGUUUCGAGAAUUGCGGCAGUGAAGAGCUAUAUCCUGGCUGCUAGCGUGGCAGAAAAGACGGACGAGAUGGCCCUCUAUGUUACCUAUGAUACACUGAAGUGGCACCGGGCUGUCUUCCCGCACGACCAUAAACUGGUGGAAGAAGCCUACACCAUUUUGGAAUCGACAAAUUAUAGCAUCCAGAUUGAUGUUAUGACGACGAAGAAAUCGAACCCUAUGGGAGUUCUUUUGAGUAGUAACUCAAACGGCACAUACUUUACGCGAAAUGUCGAACACACUAACAGGAACAAGGGGGGCAACGUCGAUUUUGAGAAGGUUGCUUCGAUCCAGGGAAUCGCUCUCGUCAAUGUGGUUGAUAACUGGGAAGACGUUGAGAAGUCCCCUAGAGAAGCCAAGAAAAUCAAGAGCCAGAUCAGUUUUGACGAUGGCCGAACAUGGCGAGGGCUGAAAGCGGGAGAAGACGACCUGCAUAUCCAUUCCGUGACAGAUGCUUCGAAUUCCGGGAGAAUCUUCUCGAGUCUGGCACCCGGGAUUAUGAUGGCUGUUGGGAACACCGGCAAGCACCUGAAGGCGUAUGAUAAAGGUGAUCUCUAUGUCUCUGAAGAUGCUGGUGUAAAGUGGAAGAAAGCGCUGUCGGGUCCACACAAGUACGAGAUUGGUGAUGCGGGUUCUAUUCUUCUCGCCGUCGAAGACGCUGUCACCAAGAAAAUGAAAUAUUCUCUUGACCGCGGAAGGAAUUGGAAAGAAAUUGACCUACCCCAUAAAGUCUCACCCUACGUGUUGACGACAACUCUGGAUUCUACAAGCCCGAAAUUCCUAUUCAUGGCCUCUGCGAGAUCGGCAGACGUAGAAGAAUACUAUAUAAUGUCGAUUAAUUUCGAGGGCAUGGUGGAGAGGAAAUGCGAGGACAAGGACCUUGAGAAAUGGUAUGCUCGUGUUGACAAGAAGGGAGAACCAACGUGUUUGAUGGGUCACAAGCAGUACUUCAUGAGACGCAAAGCCGAUGCCGAUUGCUUUAUGAAGAAAGACUUUGUUGACCCGGAAGCGAAGUCCGAAAAAUGUGACUGUAGCGAUAUCGACUACGAAUGCGACUUCAACUUUGUGAGAAGCGAAGACGGCAAAAAGUGUGUCGCGCAUGGCCCUCCUUUGGUUCCUGAGGGAGCCUGUAAGAAGCCAGACGAUACAUUCAAGGGCUCAUCAGGAUGGCGGCUUAUCCCAGGCAAUGAUUGUAUUCCGCCAAAAGAGGGGGCAAAGGACGCGUUAGUCACUACGCCCUGUAAAGACACCAUUGCGCCUCCAGCUACUGGCAAAGUAUCGCAUACUUCACAGUCCCUUGAGGGCAAGAUCCUCCAGGACCAUAUCUACUUUGAGCGUACCGAGACGAGUUCUGGCGUUGACGAGACCGUUAUCGCACAGACCGACAAAGGUGUCUUCCUAUCCCGCGACCACGGCAAGAAGUGGAAGGAGAUUUUGAAGGAUAAAAAGAUCAAAUAUGUCGUCCGCCAUACAUACCUCAAUGACAGGGUCUUUUUCCUCGCCGCCGACGACAAAGUAUACUACUCCGUAAACCGUGGCGAGGAUAUCCAAGAGUUUGAUGUCAAGGUUCCGCACCCCGCUGAUUACGGCUAUGGUACACCUAUGAGCUUCCAUUCAACGAAGAAAGAUUGGAUCAUCUGGACAGGGAAAUCCUGCUCAACUGGUGGCGAUUCUUGCCAUGCCGUAGCUUCUAUUUCCAAAGAUCGCGGUGAUAGCUGGAAGACUCUAGCACGUUACGUUUCCAAGUGUGAAUUCCUCUAUGCGGCGAAGACUGCUAGAGAAGCCGAAGGGGAGAAGCUCAUCUUCUGUGGAGCUCGCACCAAAGAGUCGAAUAACCCCAAGGACAAUCCGUGGAAACUUAUGAGCAGCACGAACUUCUUCGAGGACUCGGUGACCCAUGUCGCUGAUAUGCAGGACUACGCGACUAUGGCGGAGUAUAUAGUCGUUGCGGCCAAGAACGAUAAGGGCGAGUUGGCGCUCAGAUCGAGUGUUGACGGAAAGACAUUUGCCGAUGCUCUGUUUCCAUCCAAUUUCAGGGUUCCGCAUCAACAUGGAUAUACUGUUCUGGAUAGCUCCACCCACGCUAUAUUUUUGCACGUUACGGUUGAUACUACGACUGAUUUGGAGUAUGGAGGCAUCAUCAAGAGCAACUCCAACGGGACGUCUUAUGUUCUAAGUCUGAACGGCGUUAAUCGGGACAGGGCCGGAUUCGUCGAUUUCGAGAAGAUGUCGAAACUGGAGGGUGUUGCGUUGGCCAAUGUUCUUACCAACUACGAGUCCGUUUCAAAAGAUGGCCACAAAAACCUCAAGACGAUGAUCACGCAUAAUGAUGGUGCAGAGUGGCGCUACAUUACACCGCCGUCAAAGGACGUCGAGGGCAAGAAGUUUUCAUGCAGCGGAAGCCUUCAGAAAUGCUCCCUCAACAUACACGGAUACACUGAGCGCGCGGACAAGUCACACACUUACUCGUCACCUAGCGCCGUGGGAAUCAUGCUUGCCAUCGGCAACGUGGGUGAAUCGUUGCAGUCGUUUGAUAAGAGCGACACAUACAUUACGCGCGACGCAGGCGUUAGCUGGACACAAGUCAAGAAGGGAUCGUAUAUGUGGGAGUACGGUGAUCAAGGAUCGAUUAUUGUCCUAGUCAACGACCGCAAGGAGACGGAUGUAGUGCACUACUCACGCGACGAAGGAGAUACCUGGACGGAAUACAAGUUCUCCGACUCGAAAGUGCGCGUGGAAGAUAUCACCACCCUUCCAUCUGAUAACUCUCGCAACUUCUUGCUAUGGGUUAAGGGCAGCGAUGGCGUUAGGACUAUCAAUCUCGACUUCACUGGCCUGUCAGACAGACAGUGCGUGCUCGAUGAGACCCGCGAUGAGAAUGAAGAUUACUAUCUCUGGUCGCCGCGUCACCCUACACAGGAGGACAACUGCCUCUUCGGCCACAUUUCGCAAUACCACCGCAAGAAGGCCGGCGCCGAUUGCUACAACGGCCACAUCAUCGAGGCUCUGCACAACAUCAAGUCAAACUGCACAUGCACACGCCAGGACUUUGAGUGCGAUUACAACUAUCAGGCAUUGGCGGGUGGAGAGUGUCUCCUCGUGCCCGGCCUCACUCCCGUCGACCGCAUCCAAGAGUGCAAAGCCAACCCGGACCAAAUCGAGUACUACGAGCCGACGGGCUACCGCCGCAUCCCCCUUAGCACCUGCGAGGGUGGGAAGGAGAUGGAUAAGAUCGUGGCUAAGCCCUGUCCCAACAAGGAAGACGAGUUCAACGAGAAGCAUGGCCUGGGCGGCUUCUGGAUCUUCCUUAUUGUGCUUUUCAGCAUUGGGGCGGCGGGCGCGGCGGGCUGGUGGGUGUAUAACAACUGGGCUGAUAAGUUCGGCCAGAUCAGGCUUGGUGAACAAUCAUCCUUCGACGAAGAAUCCCCCUUCAUCAAAUACCCCGUCAUGGCCGUAGCCGGCGUCGGCGCCGUCAUAAUCGCCGCCCCCUCCGUCGCGAGCAGCAUCUGGGGCUGGCUGAUGAAGACGGUCGGCGGGCGCAGGGGCACGCGUUUCACGACGCGGGGAAGCUUUGCCCGGGGCGCGGAUUACACGGCUGUGGAUGAGGAUGAGGGGGAGCUGUUGGGGGAGGAUAGCGAUGAUGAGGUGUAGGGAGGGGGUUUAUUGUGCGUUGUGUACAUUAUGGGUUUAGACCGGGUCGGUGGAAUGGGGAGUUUUUUUUUUGGAUAAUUUGAGGAAUUCGGG